UGUGAAGGUGUGUGUGUAUGCCAAACAAUCGGUUUAUGACAUUCACCCUUUCUACUUUAGUAUCUGUACUUAUACUUGAUUGGAAUUAUAUAAACGCUGAAAAAUUACCAUUGUAAGCUUCAACUAUCACCUUUCAAAUUUACUUUGGAAAUCAAAAGUUCACCUUCUUAAGUACGGUUUUUCUGUGAUGUUACAACUCUUGCUACCAAAGUUUUACAGUUCUCUCUGAAAAUUGCGUUCAGUUUAGCCAGUGUAUGCUGUUUUACUUUCACGCUUCUUGUUAGAAAAGGGGACUUUUGUAGGAGCUCCAUUUGCUUAUCUUACUAAGUAACUUGUAGCCUUCUGUUUUCUUUAUAAUCUUUUUUCAUUAAAAUACUAUGAGUUCUCAUCCCAUUUCGAACCGGAAACCUGUGCGAAAAAGUACACAUCCGACUUUGCCUGACAUCAAUGAAGCAAACCGAAAUUCGGGUGAACGCUUUCUAGCAACACCUCCACAGCUUCUUCAAGGUCAAUUCCAUUUACCUUCUCCAAUUACGCCCACACUUCCUGAUCUGAAUUUAGGGUCUGCAAAGGAUGAGAUUCAAAAGGGCUUACCCAAUCUUCUGAGCCCAACACUUCCUCCAUCUUUCAUGUUUGAUUUAGAAAAUAAGCACGAUUCCUAUUUAUAUGGAUACUUAAAUGGUACCGAGGAGGAAGUGACUAAUCCAAAGAAAGAUGAUUCUCAAACACUAGAAAUACAUUCCGGUAAAACUAUCUCUGCGACCAAAACUGAAAAUAAAGAUAAAUUGGAGCCUGCUGAAUUUCUAGUUAGCGAUAACCAAAAGAAUAUUUCCGGAGCAGAUCAAGCAAUUUCAAAACGAAAGGCUAAAGUAUCGUUAGAGGACUACAAGCGGCUCAAAAUGCAAAACAAAGAAAAUACAAGUGCCGGAAGCCCAAUAAAUUCAGUUAAUUCUUUAAGUCCCUCAACUCCUUUGAUGCAACAUCAACCUGAUUUCGAACUGCUAAAACAAAACUUCAUCAGACUCCUUGCCGAUGGUAAGGUCCAGAAAAAGCUCGCAGAUAAAGAGGAAAAAUAUUCAUUUAUCUUUGCUAUUGAUGCUAUUUUAUGUUAUGUAGUUGCUUUCCAAUUUCAGAAUGUGUCCAACAUUUCAAAAAAUCAACCGGCUACCACUAGCAAUUGGAGAACUUUACCUGCAUACAUUGAAUACUUUCUUCGUGCUGAUAAAGAACCUCUUGAUCCUGUUUUUCAAGGUCUUUUUCUCGGUUAUCUUGGAAUAGCUUUCAGGGAAAUCUUUAAUAUUGAACUUUUUCGUAUGCAACACUUACAACAUUUCAUUAUGAAGGAUAUCCGACAAAAUGAUUCAGAAUCAGUCCCCAAAAGCUCCAUUGGGAAUGUUAAAAAUAUUUGUGAAAAUGCAGUUCGCUUGCAUGAUGCUUACAAACGGUGUAUUGCAGCAAUGAAGCAAUCCUCUCAAUUGUUAAGUAAAAAAUUUCUGUACGCCUUUCCUGUAUCCUUGAAAGAGUUUGAGGAAGGUAAUUCCAUUAACCUGUAUCCUCCAUUUUCUGUACAGACUAGUAUCGCUGACUCAAUCGAAUUUGGACAUAAUAUAAUCACAGAAUUUAAAGAUCAACAUUGUUUUACGUUCAAUUCCAAAAUGAAUCACUCAGAUAUUUCCCUAUUACGCACUUUAGAGAAAAAAUAAUACAUGGCACUAAUGGUUUCAGCUAAUUUUACUUUCCUUAAAUAUUUACUUAAUCAUUUUUUGUUUUACAUUAUUAAUCGAAUUCGAUUAUUUUAUUAAAAUAAUUAUAGAAUACAUUUAUUUUUAGAGCAAGAAAUUUGCCAAAUAUAGAAGUC